AUGGCGGAGAUGACACGCUGGGACGACAUGACCGUGUGGGAGACCUCGGGCUUCCUGCGUUUCUUGCAGGAGCACCACAUUCAAGUAAAUGACCUCCUGGACUCUUCAUGUCAUGAAGAAGCGCGACGUUUCUUUAGACUCAAACAAAGUGUAGCAAAGGAAGGAAAUGUGAACUACGGUCGAGACACUCGACUGCAGUCGAUCGCCGCUCAUUUUGUGGCCCGAGAAACAGCAGAUAGUGACAGUGAAGCAACGCAGAGAGUCACGCCACAAGCUGUCAACUGGCUUCCUGGUUUCUACUCAUUGCCGAUGUCCCUACCAUUGGCUCGAGUUGGUCUUUACCAAGACGGGCAAGUGUACGGCAUCGAUGUCUCGUCGGGUUACGCUGUAUCGUUGCUGAAUAUCCAGCCAGGAGAGCACGUACUGGACUUGUGCUUGUACAAGUACAAGCUUUUUCGAGAAGAGGAAGAUGUCGCAGACGUGACGUGGAGAUGUAGACUCUUCCAUGCAGAUGGAAGAGUGUUUAACAUCGGACCAAAGACAGAGUGCAAUGGUUUUGCUGGCUUACAAGUGCUACUAGAUACACAUGAGAUUGCGUCGAGAGCACCGAAAGAUCGAAAGCGAAAGCGCAAGAACAAAAGUGCUCGAGCGCGAGACGCCAAGCGACAGCAUGUGUUGGAGAUCGACCCGGCUCUGUAUGACAAAGUGCUGGUGGAUGCAGAGUGCACACACGAUGGGUCAAUUCGCCACUUGCAGCGUCUGAAUACGGCGGCCAAGUGGGACGAAUACGUACACGACCAUUUGAAUCCAAGUGAAGUGGAUCGAAUCCUUACACUGCAGCACGACCUCAUUCGGAAUGGCUUCAACUUAUUGCGUCCAGGAGGUUUCUCACCGAUGAAACGCGCGCUAAGCUUGACCCGGUUGCGCGAAGCAAAGAUAUACCCUGUCAAGUACGUACAAAAGUUCGGGCACGAGCGAUAUGGUCCGCUGAUUUGA